AUGAUGUCAAGAAGCCAGUCCAGCCUAGGGCACCUCGACUCAGCCCGCGAGGAGCCCUUCUCGGGCAUUUCGCCCUCGCUGCAACAACAAGCCUCGUCCGGUCCCAUCAACCUCUCCGGGCUGGUGUGCAAUGUGCGCCGCACUACGGGCAAGGAGCCUCAUCCCCUGGUGGGAGCCACCACCACGAUUUUGGGUGAUAAGCUAUACGUAUUCGGAGGCCGGAUCCUCUCGCGCAGCCGUCCACAGUUAACUUCGGACCUCUACGAAUUGGACCUGAUCCGCCGUCAUUGGACGAAGAUUGAGGCGGGCGGCGAUAUCCCGCCGCCCCGUUAUUUCCACAGUGUCUGCGCCCUGGGUGAUAACAAGCUGGUGUGCUAUGGAGGCAUGUCACCUGCGCCAAGCACACCCAAAGAUCCAUCGAAUGCCAGCCAGUCGGGAUCCGACUCUCAGUCGGAGGUUGUGGUCAUGUCUGACAUUCACAUCUUCGACGUCCCGUCGCGAUCCUGGACCCGAGUGGCGGCCCGUGAGUCACCGCAAGGACGAUACGCGCAUUGCGCGACGAUACUACCGUCGAGCGCCUGUUUCACGUCGGCCAAUGCGCCGUUGUCAGCUAUUCAUCACAACCCUGAAUCGUCCACGCCUCAUCAAGGCAGCCUCGGAAUAGACAUUGAUGGCUUUGGAGGAGCGGAGAUGGUGGUUGUUGGCGGGCAAGAUAGCUCAAAUCAUUAUAUUGAGCAGAUCAGCGUCUUUAACCUCCGCAGCCUCAAGUGGACCAACACCAGCCCGCUCGGACGCAGUUGUGGUGCAUACCGCAGUGUUGUGACCCCUUUGGUUGGCAUGGACGUCUCGGAGGUUGGCUCCGCCUCACCGGACCGAGACACCCACGAACCCAUCGAAAACCCCGAUUCGCCAGGUUGCCCCAUGCUUAUAUACUCAAAUUAUAACUUCUUGGACGUCAAGUUAGAACUGCAGGUGCGCCUGCCGGACGGGCGCCUUGUCGAGCGACCGAUGCAAAGCCAGGCGUCGCCGCCGGGCCUCAGAUUCCCAAACGGCGGCAUCAUCAAUGGCCAUUUUGUCGUCAGCGGAACUUACCUGACCUCAUCGAAGCAGGAGUAUGCUCUCUGGGCGCUUGAUCUGAAAACAUUGACCUGGGGUCGCAUCGACGCAGGCGGAUCAGUCUUUGGCAAUGGUAGUUGGAAUCGCGGCAUUCUCUGGCCGCGCCGAAGUGCAUUCGUUAUCCUGGGACAUCGGAAACGAAGCUUGGUUGAAGACUAUAAUCAUCGCCGGAUCAACUUCUCGCAUAUCUGCCUCGUUGAACUUGAAGCCUUUGGUCUCUAUAAUAACCCGUCUCACACGGCUGCCACAUCAGGAUAUAAAUCCUAUAGCUCCCCUUCCGUCCCUGCGUCCCUGCAACAAAAGCUGGCUCAAUUGACCACCGGUGGACGACCCUUAUCUGCCACAUCGGACGAACUGGGCAAGCUAGCACUUUCACUGCAUGAAAUGUCUGACAUGGAAUUGCAGGCCGUGGGGGGCGAACGCAUUCCUGUCAACUCUCGUCUGCUGACCCGCCGAUGGGGCCCUUACUUCAUCCAGCUCUUGCGUGAGUCGUCCGACGGGGGUAUUGCGGAUGUCGGCACUCUUCGUCCCUCCCAAAUACACCCUAGCCGGAACUCGAGCAUUACAAUCACACCGUCUAUCGGUCAAAACAGCAUGUAUUCCAAUGCAACCACCUUAGUGAACCCAUCGGUGCCAUCCAAGGCCCUUUUAGAAAACUUGGAGGUGCCCUCCGCCCAUAACCUCGCUCCCACUGCUCGCCCUCGGGUGCUCUAUCUCCCCCAUACCAUCCUGACCCUCCAAGUCCUCGUCCAAUACCUCUACACUUCAGCUCUCCCACCGCCUGGUUCUUCUCUCUGCACCCCGCAAAUCCUUUGUUCGCUGCUCCAACUCGCCCGGCCCUACCAAGUUGAUGGUCUACUUGAGGCCACCGUGGAACGACUUCACCAGGUCCUCGAUGGCCGCAACGCCGCCGCCGUCUUCAACGCAGCCGCCAUGGCGGCAGGUGGUGGUCGAGGUACUGGUUUCAGCGGCGGACUAGGCGGCACCUUGGAAGCCCUGAGUGGUGCGCAGGCCGGCCGCAACGGAUCCAUCCCCAUGUCGGAGGGAACCAACUCCCACCAAAGUGUCCUGCUCGCCUCGGAUUCCUCUGACACCGAAAACGGUGGCAUCUCCACGGUCUCCGCCUCGAGCAGCGCCAACGACCUGACCAGCGUGACUCGCGGCCUACCCGCGCUCCGCAUUGACACAGACAUGUCGCGCCACCGCCAGCGCAGCGCCCACCGUGACCGCGAGGACUCCGUUAGCGCUGUCAGCACCGCCUCCAGCGCCAGCUUCAGCCAAUCUGACUCGGAGUUCGUCAGCGACAGUGAAAGCCGGAGUGCGUCGCGCGCCUAUAACCGUCGCGGCACGGACGCCAGCCGCCCGCAGCGCGAGAUCUGGACAGGCGAUUUGAGCAGCGUGAUUGGCUUGCAGAAACGUGGUCUGCGUGGUCUGAUGGAGGGUCGUCGCAUGCGCGAGCGCAGCAAUGUCAAGACGCCUAGCACGAAUAACGGUUCUACACCUGUGCCCCAGUCUGCCACUUCGGGAGAAUAUCACCUGCCAGUGCAGGGAGUUGCUGGUUGA